CGCACAUACGAGCUCUACAGGCUUUUCAACUUGUCCCCCCUGUUUUGCGAGUAAAUCUAUUUCUGCAUAUCCACUUGUCACUUCCGCAAAACGUGCUCCGCAAAGUUGAUGGAUCAGCUGAAACACGCGUGCACACUCACACUGAGAGAAAAAUGACACGCUUGAUUGACUGCGAUAGAAAUAAUGAUGGCUGCGACGGUGGGUACAUUCAUAACGCCUUGGCUUACAUACAGCAAUAUGGAACACCAACCUCCAGGGAUUACCCAUACGUGGCAGCUAAAGGUGCAUGCAAGGGCAACAUAAGAUCACAUGCCUCAAUUACCGACUUCGUUCGCGCAGAUAAAAGAAGACUCGAGGAGCAUUUACUAGUCAGUCCAAUCCCAACUGUCAUGCACGCGCGACCGGAGCUCCAAUACUAUGUUUCAGGAGUAUACGAUUCAGAUGACUGUCCCAACGAUUUGAAUAAAGUUAAUCACGGCGUUGUUAUUGUUGGCCACUACGCAGACGCUUGGAUUCUCCGAGAUAGUCAACCUGGCGCUUGGGGUCAACAGGGUCACUUACUGAUGAAAAAAGGGAUAUGCGCCAUAGGAGAGGCGAGUUAUGAAUUAAGAGGUCCGUAUGUGGUACCCCCUCCAAGAAAGAAAUUCAGACUUCUUUCGCGCGAGAAGAGCCAGGGAUCCUCAUAAUAACCCAAUUUGGCAAAACAAAAGACCCUUCCCACAUUUCCACACUUUUCCCUUCAUAAGGUAUGUAAAAUAAUCGAUAUCAAUCGAUUCUUAGAAUCGAUAAUUCAUGAUGGAGUUACAUGGAAAAAUAAAAGCGUUGCCAAGUCCCGAAAACCGCCACUUUGUUCAAAAAUUGGUUACGAAGUGGAAUGCUUAUUUCAUGCAUCAUCGCAAUGCUCUAUAAAUGGACGCAUUCCUGCCAAACGGAACUAUGUGCAUUCAGGCAUGAGCCCUAAGACCCAUAAUGCGUAACAGGGCUCACGUCAUAAUACACAUAGUUCAGUUUGGCAAGAAUACGUCCAAAUGAUAUUCAUCACAGAGAAAUGCUCGGUGAACAUGCGGAAGUGUUUGCACGUAUCAACGAGAAAACUAAGAAAAUACAUUUAGUGACGCUACAGACUUCCUGUAAUCCUGUCCUAAUUUAAUUUUAAAUGGAAAAAUACUUAACGCAAUGUUUUUAAAAGGCUCCCUAUUGGGCUUGUGGCAGGCAAGCAGAGACACAGCUACGUAAAUAAACUUUUUGUUGGUAAAAUUGCACGAAAAUUACGAUUUGCAAAUAAAAAAAGUAUAAAAUUCACUCCUCAGCGUGUGAGCUGUGUGAUUUGUAACAAGCUUUUUCUCAAAACUUUUCAAGUAGUCUUUUUUAAUAGCCAGCAAUAACGUUUGCUCAGAGGGACGCGAAAACCCCAGCCCAAAUAAACAAACAAUCUCGCGAACUGUUACAAACCUUUCUUACGAUUUUUGUCAACUUGAAGUUUUUUUUGAGCAUUUUUAACAAAAACAAAUGCUUAAAGACGAUUGAGAUCAUACGCGAUAAAAAGGUCUACUAAAUUGGGGUUUCUAACCGUAGGUCAAGUUUUCUUUAGUCUCUUUCUGGGCAAACUUGAUCGCCGGCGGUAAGCAAAAUUCCUCGUGAGCACAGAAAAUUCAAACUGCGUGUCACAAACUACGUAAAUUGCGCGUAAAAAAUGGAUUUCAGACUUUUAUGAAAUGCUCAUCGUAAUGCAACAAAAGGCUUAUCACUUGCCUGUAUCUCUUGUGUACAACAGAUCCAUUUCCCUUUCUGCGUAUGGAAUAUCCCGGGAAAAUUUCAGACAAUAUCGCUGAUUCGUCCUCCUUCGGUAAGAUGAAAAGAGAGCUGAAAUUUUUAAAACACGUCAUGCGAAUGAUAUACACUAUGUUUUUGCAGUUUUACUGUCGUUAUACAAGGCUUCUAGUCGAUAUUAGAAAACAUUUGGGUUUGGUGAACAUCGGCCAUGCAACACGGAAAAAAUUAAAUUGCUGAUUUAACAAUUCAAUUGCUAA